AUGCGAACCAUCUUUGCGCUCUUCACGCUCGUGGUGUCAGUUAUGUCAGCCGUAGCGGUACCUGCACCCGUACAACCCCGAGCUGACAAGGGCGUCCUCUUCGAGGAGCAUGUACACCAGAGUAUCCGAAGCCCCGGAGACGACGUACGGCACUCAUAUAUCAAACCGUGA